CAAUUUUUCAGUUACUUUUUUAAAGAGAGAAAAUAUUGUCAGUUACUUCAUGAAAUAUGUAGGGAAAAAAAAUAACUGCAUAGUUCCACUAUUACAGGCGGCAGAAGCCUGGCCUUUUUAGAAAGUUUAUAAAAUUACAGAUUGGUCCCAUUCACAAGUAUUCAUUUCCAAAUCCAACCCAAUACUUUUCCAUUAUUCCAUAUCUUUCCUCAUAGUAAUAAAAUCUUCUCCUUCAAGAAUUCAUGCCAUUUGCGAUUUUUCCAGUCUUUUUGGUGGAUUCCACACAAAAUCCAUUUCAAAUAUCCCCACAAAAUACCCAAAUCACAAUUCAAAUAAAGAAAAUUGAAAGAUUUUUUUGGGAUUUUUGAUUGAUAUAGAACCAAAAUCAUUGAAUUUAGAGAUUUUGUGAAUCACGCAGUUUUGAGAAAUUUGUUCAGAAAGAAGAGAAAAGGAAAUUUUUUGUUUUGAUGUUUUGUUGGAUUCUUGAUUGAUCAUUGAGUUCUCACAAAAACCCAUAUUACCAAAGUUGAGAAUUUUACUAUUAAGAAGAAAAAAGUGAGAAAAAGGGUGUGUUUGGUUUGAUGUUUUGUUGGAUUCUUGGUUGAUCAUUGAGUUUUCACACAGACCUAUAUUACCAAAGUUGAGAAUUUUACUAUUAAGAAGAAAAAAGUGAGGAAAAAGGUGUGUUUGGUUUGUUGUUUUGUUGGAUUCUUGGUUGAUAAUUGAGUUUUCACGCAGACUCAUAUUACCAAAAGUUGAGAAUUUUACUAUUAAGAAGAAGAAAGUGAGAAAAAAGGUGUUUUUGGUUUGAUGUUUUGUUGGAAUCUUGGUUGAUUAUCGAGUUUUCACAGACCCAUAUUACCAAAAGUUGAGAAUUUUACUAUUAAGAAGAAAAAAUGAGAAAAAGGGUGUGUUUGGUUUGAUGUUUUGAUGAAUUAAUUGGUUGCUAAACGAAUUUACAGAGACCCAAAUCACCAUUUCAAUUCAGGGACUCUGUGAAUUUUGUCAAGUUGAGAAAAGUUGCCUAAAAGGAGUUGAAAAAGAGUAGGAAUUUUGUUGAAGAUUUUGGGGACAGAGAAUACCCUUUUGAUCAAAAUUCCAGUUUGAUUGCAAAUAAAAAUAUGGGAACUGCUCAUCAGUGUUUCCAUUAUUCUUCAAAUAGUGAAAACAUUGUGAGAGAGUUCGUACAAUAUGGAGAAUGAUAAUUGGGUCAACAAGACGGGUAAGGCUCGGAUAAGUUUGAAGUUGAGGAAGACAAUGAAGUGCUUCUGCUCAGGAGAACAAUUACAGAUAGGUGACAUGGUUCCAAUCCCUGAUUCCCCUGCGACUAAGGAUUACACUGCAAGUGUCCGUUCAUCAAGAGCAGGAGAAGCUGAAUAUAAGCUAGAUACUGGCAAUAUUGAAGAAGCUGAAUCAUCAUUGCGCGAGAGUGGUGCUUUGAAUUAUGAGGAAGCAAGGGCAUUGCUUGGAAGAUAUGAGUACCAAAAGGGCAACAUAGAGGCUGCUCUACAUGUGUUUGAAGGGAUAGAUAUUGCCUCAGUGACUACUAAAAUGAAAGUCACACUUGCCAAAAGAGCUCGAACUCAAAAGAGACGUUCACAGAAGUAUGAGACACCACCAAUGUCCAUACAUGCUGUGAGUUUGCUCCUGGAAGCAGUCUUUCUUAAAGCGAAAUCAUUGCAGGCUCUUGGGAGGUGUAAAGAAGCUGCUCAAUCAUGCACUGUUAUUCUGGACAUUGUUGAAUGUUCAUUACCAGAAGGCUUGCCUGAAAACUUUGGUGCUGAUUGUAAAUUGCAGGAGACUCUCAGCAAGGCUGUUGAGCUUCUUCCACAAUUAUGGAUACUUGCAGAUGCUCCGAAGGAAGCAAUUAUGUCAUACCGCCGAGCUCUUCUUCAACAGUGGAAUCUUGAUGUCCAAACUAAUGCAAAGAUUAAAAAAGAGUUUGCGAUUUUUCUUCUAUACAGCGGAAAUGAAUACAAUCCCCCUAGUCUCAGAUUCCAAAUGGACAGUUCAUUUGUUCCCAGAACCAAUAUUGAAGAGGCCAUUCUUCUCUUGAUGAUUUUAUUGAGAGAGGUUACUCUACAAAUUAUAGAGUGGGAUCCUUCGAUUUUUGACCAUCUCUCUUUUGCAUUAUCUAUCUCUGGUGGCCUAUUGGCUCUGGCUAAACAAGUAGAAGAGUUGCUUCCUAGGAAUAUAGAUCUGCGUGAAAGGUAUUAUAUCUUAGCUCUCUGUUAUUACGGAGAAGGAGAUAACUUCACUGCCUUGAACUUGUUGCGGAAACUGUUGAGUAGUGCCGAGGAUCCCACUUGUGUUCCAGGUCUGUUACUGGCUUCAAGAAUCUGUGCUGAAAGCUUAGAAUGUGCAGGAGAUGGCGUAAAUUUUGGUCACAGAGCCAUUGAAAGCUUGCAAGGUAGAUGUGAUCGGCUGAUGGGUGCUGCAAACUAUGUCUUAGGUCUUUCACUUUCAGCACAGUCUAGAGCAGCAGUGACAGAUUCUGAGAGGGUUAGGAUGCAAUCAGAGGCACUUCAAUCCUUGGAAUCUGCUGGGGGACUGAAAAAGAUGAAUGACUCCAAUGUCAUUUACCAUCUUUGUAUAGAAAAUGCGGAGCAAAGGAAGUUGGAUACUGCACUCCAUUAUGCAAGGUGCUUUCUUGAAUUGGAAGGUGGGUCUACUCUGAAGGGGUGGAUGCUGUUGGCUCGGGUGUUAUCAGCUCAAAAACAGUUUCCAGAAGCUGAAACCAUCAUUGAUGCAGCUAUAGAUCAGAGCGGAAAGUGGGAUCAAGGAGCUUUGUUGAGAACCAAAGCUAAGCUCCAAAUUGCACAAGGCCAAUUGAAAAAUGCUAUAGGAACAUAUGGUCAGCUUCUUGCUGUUCUUCAGGUCCAGAGAAAAAGCUUUGGAAUGGAGGAAAAUCUCAAGAAGGAGAGAGACUACAAUAGAACUACGGAGCUGGAAACCUGGCAUGAUCUUGCUUCCAUCUACAUUAAAUCAUCUCAGUGGCAAGAUGCAGAAAUCUGUCUUUCCAAAUCCGAGGCCAUUAGUUGUUAUUCUGCUUCUAGAUUGUAUACUGCUGGUUUGCUUCAUCAGUCAAAGGGCCUUUACAAAUCUUCAUUAACAGAUUACACAAACGCUCUUACUGUUGAUCCAUCUCAUGUGCCAAGUCUAAUAUCAACCGCGGUGGUACUUAGGCAAAUAGAUAACCAUUCUCCCGCAACUGUUAAAAGUUAUCUGAGAGGAGCACUGCAACUUGAUCGGAUGAAUGUUUCUGCAUGGCAUAAUCUUGGCCUGAUUUACAAAGAGGAAGGUUCAGCAAUGGAAGCAGCUGAGUGCUUUCAAGCAGCUUGGUCACUGGAAGAGACUCAGCCUAUCGAACCCUUCAGAUGACUACCUGUUUGUACAUACUUUUAAACAGAUUGCUCAAGCUGUAACCUUGCUCCAACUCUCACGUUUUCAUCCCUCGAGCUAAGAUCUUGUCAUGUAAUGACAGAGGGAAAGAUAGUCAUUUUGCUUAUUUUUCUUGAGCAUGUUUCUGACGCUCAAGUCGGGGUGCUUUCAAAUGAUUCACAAUGAGAGAUUUUUGUCCAAAGAGAGUUUAUUCUUUCAUAGAUCUGAUAAGAGAGGAGGAAGAUAGAGUUCGAACGUUACUUUCUCUAAUACAGGGUGUUAUACAAAAUUUUCUUGCCUUUGAAUGUACAGAUAGUCCUGAAACUAACAAGUUUAUGAUAAAGUUAUCCAACCACAUGUUUCAA